AUGUCUGAAGAAGAAUGCCACGAAGAUGUCGACAUUUCAGAUAUUACAGAGCAUUCGGAAUCAUAUCUAGAAAAUGAACAUCUUAAAUUUGCACUGACGGAGGCUACAGAAGCAGAAAAUAACAAACUAGAAUUUGAACUAAACUCUGAGGAACAAGUACAUGAGAAGAAACAGAAAACUGAAGUUAUAAGAUCUACAAAGCUUCCUAUAGCGAGAAUUAAAAACAUUAUGAAAAUGGACCCAGAUGUAAAUAUUGUAUCUAGCGAUGCUGUAUUUUUGGUUACUAAAGCGACAGAAAUGUUUCUAGAAACAAUAGUGAAAGAAACUUAUGCAUUUACAUCAUCAAAUAAACGGAAGGUUAUAUCAAAGAAAGAUUUGGAACUUGUAAUAGAUAAAGUUGAUUGUUUGUGCUUUUUAGAAGGUGCUAUGGACUUCUAGAUUUUAUAAGAAAUAUCUUAUAAUUCAUUACUUAUUAAAUAAAUU